AUGUCGACACCAAAGUUUGGCGAAGAGGGGAGGAAGGAAGGCUUGAACUUCCUUGGGAUGGAUUUUGAUUUCUAUGAGAACCCUCAUACCAUCGAAGAUCGUGAUUUUUGUGGCAAAGAGCUCGACCGUCCUCUCUACUACGUUCUCCACGAUACCAAGCCUCUCAGGUGUGUGGCCUUUGAAGGAAAUGACAUGGGGAGGAGGUUCUACAGCUGUGCUGUGAAAAGAGGCGUGAACUGUGGAGUCGUCGAAUGGGUUGACCACCCAUGGCCUAUCAUUAUGCAGAGGUGCCUACUCAAGCUCUGGGGGAUGUUGCAUGAGAGCAAUGAUGAUAGGCAAGCAAAGAAUGAAGAGAUAAGCAGGCUUAAAAUGGAUAUUGAACAAGCAGAAGAAGCAGAUGGGUAUCUUGAUAAAGACGUCAAGCGCAUUCAGAGGUCUCUCACAAGUGCCAUUCAGAAUCUUAAGGACGAGAGGGGUGAGAUUAAGCUGGACAGGGAUUUUCUGAAGGAGGAGGUGCAUAAGCUGAAGGAGAAUAGAAAGAAGAUGCAAAGCGUCAUCUGUGAUCUUUUGGGGCAAGGGUUUGCAAACACUGAUGAUCUCCUGAUGAUCAAGGCAAUCCUCGAAGAAUGA